AUGACUCACAAUCUUCUGAUACAUGAAAUAACUCCAGAAACUCCACUUUGGACCUGUAAGGUACAAAUUGUGGAUAUAUAUGGACCCGCAGAGAGCAAAGAAAGAAAGGUAAAAUAUCUAAACAUGAUCGUGCAAGAUGAACAGGAAUAUCAAACAAAGGCCACUGUUUAUGCCGAUGACAUACCCAGUUAUCAAAAACGGAUUAAGCUUUACCACACUUUCCGCAUAACAGGGGGACGCGCACAACCGCCAUAUUUGAGAUAUGAAAAGCCCCUGUCUGCAUUUAACUGGGUUCUUGAUAAAAAGAGCAUCAUUGAUCCAAUUAAAACAGAUGAUGUCGAUGCGCUGCCGCCACCUACCAAGCUUAACAUCACAUCCUUUGCGGAUAUUAAACGCAACGUUGCCCAGACAAUGGCAACUGACCUCACCAAAAAAGAAUUUGACAUACUCGCAAUUGUUGUCAACUGUUCUCCCCCAAGAUAUGUUGCGACUGUGGAAAAAAGAUUGCAAGAACUCAUUGUUGUCGAUAUGUUCAAACAAAAUCUUACCUUCACUAUAUGGGAAGAGGGAAUUAUAGAAAACGAAGGUAGGAAACUGCUGCACCAAUUCCGAGAAUAUCCUGUAAUCCUUGCUCGCCGUAUUGGAGCAUCAAGAUAUAAUGGUAAACUGCAAUAA